GCUCAAGUCCCUGCCCUUGCCCCUGCUCCAGCUCAGGCUCUCGCUCCAGCUCCUGCCCCAGCCAAUGGCCCUGCAUUUGCCUUGACCGCUGCUCAAGCUCCGGCUUCUGCCCCUGCCGUAGCCCCUGCCCCUGUCCCCAUGCCCUACGCCUAUGGGUAUGACGUUAACUCGCUCGACGCCCAGAACCGCCCCGUCGCCUUCGGGCACCAGGAGGAGGGCCGGGCCGAUGGGCAAACCGUCGGUCGCUACUACGUCCAGCACCCGGACACGCGGCUCAUGAUCGUCGACUACGUCAGCGAUAACACAGGCUUCCAUCCCACCUACAGCUUCCGGGGCCAGGCCGUGAAGCCUCAGGUCUCUGCUCCACAGCCUGCUCCUCAGAUUGCCCCUGCUCCUGCUCCUGCUCCACAGCCUGCUCCUCAGAUUGCCCCUGCUCCUGCCCCUGCUCCCCAGCCUGCUCCUCAGAUUGCCCCUGCUCCUGCUCCUGCUCCUCAGAUUGCCCCUGCUCCUGCUCCUCAGAUUGCCCCUGCUCCUGCUACUGCUCCUGCUCUUUCCCCUGCUCCUGCCCCUGUCCCUGCUCCUGCCCCUGCCCCUGCCCCUGCCCCUGCCCCCGCCCCUGCUCCUGCCCCCGCCCCUGCUCCUGCCCCCGCCCCUGCCCCUGCUCCUCAGCUUGCUCCUUUUAACAGACCAAUUAUCCUCCUUACCCAGCCCCCCCUGACAACUCCAAAUUCUGCUGCCCGUCCUGCUUCGUCAUCUCCCACACAAGCUGCUCCUGCCUCUCUUACCCCUACAUCAGCUCCUCAGCCUACCUUCCCUGCCUUUGCACAGUUCCCGCAGGCUGUCCCUGCCCCACAGUUGGCCUCUGCUCCUGCUAGACUUCAGCCAAUUCCUCAGUUGGCCACUGCCCCAGCUCCUGCCAGAAGCCAGCCUGCUUUCCCUGUUGCUCAGCCUCUUCAGUCUGCCCCUGUUCCUACUGGUGGCCAGGCUGCUCUCUCCUCUCCUUCAGCUCCUGCACAGCCUGCUCAGUUUGCGCCUGCUCCUACUAGUGGCCAGGCUACCCUUUCUUCUCCAACAUCUGCCCAGACUCCGCAGGCUUCUGCUGCUCCAGCAAGAAAUCAAUCACCCCUUCCACCGCCUCGUCUUCCAGUACAAGCUUCUGCCCCUGUUGCUACUGGUGGCCAGGCUGCUCUCUCCUCUCCGUCAGCUCCUGCACAGCCUGUUCAGUUUGUGCCUGUUCCUAUUGGUGGCCAGGCUGGCCUUUCCUCUCCAUUAGAUCCUGCACAGGCUUCGCAGGCUUCUGCUGCUCCAGGAAGAAGUCAGUCACCCCUUCCACCUCCCAGUCUUCCAGUACAGGCGUCUGCCCCUGUUAGUGGCAAGGCUGCUCUCUCUUCUCCAUCAGCCCCUGCACAACUUGCUCAAUUUGCGCCUGUUCCUACUGGUGGCCAGGCUGCUCUCUCUUCUCCAUCAGCCCCUGCACAACUUGCUCAGUUUGCGCCUGUUCCUACUGGUGGCCAGGCUGCUCUCUCUUCUCCAUCAGCCCCUGCACAACUUGCUCAGUUUGCGCCUGUUCCUACUGGUGGCCAGGCUGCUCUCUCUUCUCCAUCAGCCCCUGCACAACCUGCUCAGUUUGCGCCUGUUCCUACUGGUGGCCAGGCUGCUCUUUCUUCCCCAUCAGCUCCUGCACAGGCUGCUCAAGCUUCACCUUUCACAACACCUUUUGUCUUCCUUUUACAAAACCCACUGUCUCCCAUAUCUAAUGGAUUCCCAGCGGCUCCUGCUUCAACAGGGCCUGUACUGGCUGCUCAGUCUCCUCCUGCUCUCGUUCCUUCUAGAAGUCGGGCUCCAUUCCCUGUUUCUCCAGCUCAGGCUCCUCAGCUUUCGCCUGUGCCUUCUAGAAAUCCAGUUUUCCGUCCUACACAGCCUGUCCAGUUUUCUUCUGUUCCUGGUAGAAGUCAGCCUGCUCCAGUAUUACCUGUACAAGCUCCUCAGCUUUCCCCUGUACCAAACAGAAGCCAGGCUGCCUUAUCUGCACCAGCUCCCAGACCUAUCCUUGCACCAACUAGAAAUCAGGCUGCUCUUCCUGUUCCACAAACUUCGCUUGCUCCUGUCAGAAGUCAGGCUGCAUCUCCAGCUCCUCAGCCAUCUUCUGCCCCUGCUAGAAGUCAGCCUACCCUUCUAUCUCCAGUUCAGGUCCGCCAGCCUUCCAUCGUGCCAACCAGGGCACAAGUCUUCCCUAUAUCACAGGUCCAACAGCCCUCAGCCCCUCUCCUGCUGCAACAAGUGUCAUCUUUGCCUUCCCAGUCGUCCUUCAACAUCAACAGGGGUCAAGUCUUCCUUCCCAACCAGUCUAUAGUUUCUUCAUCAACAGGUUCUUCCGCUUUCUUCAUCCCUUCCACGGUCUCUCAGUUUAAUGAUAGACGCAACAACAGUGAAGAAGAGUCGAGGCAGCGGUAAGGAAGAUGACAAUUAAGAGCGAGGUAAAGAAACCCUCCUUUCUCUCAGGGCCGUUUUGCAGUGUUUGCAGAAUCUAUUUACCAGGAACACUGACAGACGUGUGAGAAUUCCUGGCUUAUUGUAGAAAUGUGUGGCUAAUAUUUCGUGAUUUUAUUCUUAAACUGCAAAAUGUUACGUUGCAUUUUUUUUUAGGGUAUUCUAAAGACUGAGUGUAGCUUCGUCUAGAAGUAUUAAUAAUCAAAGAAUAUGGUGAUAGACUUAGCACAUAUAUGCGAUAUGUACUGAUGUCUAUUGCUUAAAACAAAUACGUGUAUAUUAUU